AAGAAGAAGAAGAAGAAGAAGAAGAAGAAGAAGAAGAGGCCGUUUAGCUUUCUAGUUAACGUCAUCUAACUAGUCAAAACCAUAAUAUAUUUUAAAAGAUUUCAUAUUGUGAUCUUAUAACCCUAAAGAAUAACAAUGAUUAAAGCCAUCUUAAUAUUUAACAACCACGGAAAACCGCGGCUGAUCAGAUUCUAUCAGUAUUUUGCGGAGGACAUGCAGCAGCAGAUAAUUCGGGAGACUUUCCAUUUGGUAUCUAAGAGAGACGACAAUGUCUGCAACUUCCUGGAGGGUGGAAGUCUCAUUGGUGGCUCUGAUUACAAGCUGAUCUACCGGCACUAUGCAACCCUCUACUUUGUCUUCUGUGUGGACUCAUCUGAGAGUGAGCUCGGCAUUCUGGACCUGAUCCAGGUGUUUGUGGAAACACUCGAUAAAUGCUUUGAAAAUGUCUGUGAGCUGGACCUCAUAUUCCACAUGGACAAGGUCCAUUACAUCUUGCAGGAAGUGGUGAUGGGAGGCAUGGUGCUGGAGACCAACAUGAAUGAGAUUGUAGCCCAGGUGGAGGUGCAGAACCGCAUGGAGAAGUCAGAGGGAGGUUUAUCAGCGGCCCCCGCUCGCGCUGUCUCUGCUGUGAAGAACAUGAACCUGCCUGAGAUUCCCCGCAACAUCAACAUCGGAGACAUCAAUAUCAAAGUGCCGAGCCUCUCCCCGUUCUGAGAAGCAUCCCAGCUGAGCUCUGCAGGGCUGAUGUACUACUGAUGUCUCCAUGUCUCCGCUGUUCCCCUCCACCCAGCUCUGUACCUGAGACAGAGAAAACUGUUUGUAUAUAUGUACAAUAGAACCACAGCAGCUUACUCUCCCACCCAUUCCAGUCACACGUACGGGAGAUAAGGUGUGGAUUAUUUUUGAGUUCUGCUGUGUACAAGUUACAGACUACUCCAUUUGAAGGAUUUGCACAAUAAUGUAAAGUUAAAAUCUAUAAAGCAUCAAGAGUAACAUUAAUAUCUUUAAAAUUUCUGCUGUUCUUUGUGUGUUUUGUAGUUCUCCUGUUGAUUUCCUGCCCUUUCAAAAAGAAAAAUGGCUGUGUUGACCCAGUGCGUAUUUUCAUGCACAACUCUUCCAGAUCUCUGCCAUUCAUCACCGGUUCGACUGCAUAAUUUUUGAAGACGUUCCUUCCUGCCUGAAGUGAACUGUUGGCCUGAGCACAGUUCACUGUAAUACGAUCCUCUGGCUUCUGUAUUGGGCUAUAAUUACUCAAACACAUCUUUAUCUCCUAUUCCAAGUGUGUGCUCAUACAGGCGGGGAUUAGACUCCUCUGCUUGGCUCUUGUCACAAUUUGUUUUCCCUUUUCUGUAAUAUACUGUGU